AUGGCUGAGGCAUUAAAGAAUGUCAUUACUCAAAGUCUCGAGUGUCCUGUAUGUCUGAAUACCUUCACCGAUCCCAAGAUCCUGUCUUGUUCUCAUACCUACUGUAAGACCUGUCUGGACAACAUCUUGGAAUGCCAUGGUAAUAACCAGAUGCUCCGAUGCCCUGUCUGCAGAGCUGAAACCCAGGUCCCAAACCAAGAUGUCAGCAAAUUACCGGCAAAUCUAGCUUUGAAGUCUCUCAUAGAGGACGUUAAGAAUCAAUAUCACCUUUGCUCGAUUUGUAAAUCUGAAGACAAGCCGCAAGCUGUAGUCUACUGUCAAGACUGUGGCAAGUAUCUCUGUAUCACUUGCGACAACACACACUCUCUGUGGCAAGACUUCAUUAGUCAUGAGAUCCUAGCAAUGAGUGAGAUCCUAUCAGGGAAGGUGUCAGUACGUAGGUAUCACAAAUGCAGGAAACACCCCAAAGAGGAUGAGGAGUGCUUCUGUUCCGACUGCAGAAAAUUUGCCUGCUUCAGGUGUGUUGUCAUGGAGCAUACAAACGAAGGACAUCGAGUCAUCGAGGCAGCUGUUUAUGAAAUCAGCCAUACGAAGAGUAUCGAGGACCUCAAAUCCAAGGCGGACAAGAAACGCUCUUGCUUUCAGAAAUACGUUGAUUUCAUUGAUGAACAGAAGGAGCGUGUGAGCAAUGUUCAGAAGCAGUGUACAGAUGAUAUCAACAACGCAUAUGAAGAAUCGGUCCGGCAGCUGACAGAAAAGAAAGAUAUCCUCAUUGUUGAAGUCAAGGUUAGGACCGAAGGAGUAGAGAAAGAACUGGACGAAAUGAAGAAAUCGGCUCAGGAGCACAUCACUCACUUGACCAACAUAGCUGACGUGGUAACCAAUAGGACAAAGAUACCGUUUGAUAUGGAUGCUUUGGCUGCACACGACACUCUACGUCAAGACUUACAAGAGGCCUUGAAACAAGAAGAUCCUGACUACAAGCAGCCGAUGCAAUCGAGCAAGAAAGGAAAAAGUGUCACUUUUAAGAGAAAAGUUGGAAUGGACGAGCUAAAUCUCGGUAACAUCGUAAAUGCAGUUCCAAAGAGCAUCGCUUUGCCUACUAGCAAGGAUAGCAUAAAUUCCAUGGUUAGUACACCAGACGGUAGGAUGGCAGUGGGAUAUAGUACAGGUGGCGUGGAGAUCUUCUCUGCUGAUGGCCAGCUCCAGCAGACAGUUCUAAAACAUGUGGGGAUUCUUGGAAAAGGGUUCCUCUCUGAUGGUCGGUGUGUUAUACUUGCUAGCUCAAACUAUAUUAGACUGUACACACUUGAGUACACAAAGUUGAAUGUAGUGUUUGAGACUUUGAGUGACGAUGAAGGUGGAUUUGCUACCCUCACUGUGGACGGUGAUGAUCAGAUCUAUGUUAGCUACUGGAAAGCCAAAAAGAUCCUGGUAUUCUCACCAGCGGGUGGAAAGGCGAUCAGAGAGAUACCAUGUAAUUUGAAUGAGGCUCUACAGAUUACUAGCUAUAAUGAAUACCUGAUCACAUCAUCGUGUAAGGCAAUACGAUUGAUUGACAAACAAGAUGUUCUAAAAUAUGAAUUCGCGAAAGAAGGUUAUUUACUAUACGCUGCUGUGUCUCAAUGGAAUACUAUCCUGAUAGCCACGUUAAAGCAUGGUGCAGGUUUGGUCAGCAUUGAUGAGUACACUAACGAGCUGAAGCAUGUCCAGAACCUGGUCGAUGAUUACAAGAUUGAGAAGCCCGAGAAAUAUUGGUACUCUCUCCAGCAGUACCGAUCAGGAGAGAUCGCUCUCUGCACUCCUGAUAGACUCUAUAUAUUCGACUGA